UUUCUAACGCGGAAAGAAGGCGGAACGGAUGAAUGCUGUAGCUUCCACACUACACACUACACUGCACCACGCCGACAUGGUUCUGGUGGCUAAACUGAAAAGGAAAGUGGAAAGAGACGGUUAUAAAAUAAAUAAUAAAAAAAACCCCAGAACGAGCUCAGUCAAGCUGUAAAGUGGAUUUAGCCUGAAACAGCCUGCAUUUGAGAGAGUGUUGUUCCUUUCUGAGUACAACCUUCUACUCAUGGCACCAACCCUUCAGGUCAGUUUACUCAUACUGUCACUGCCAUGACCAGUGAAGUCCCAGAUGGCUCCCCUUCCUCCUUCCCCCUGGACCCGAGUGAGGAGAUCUCUCUCUGGCUCUCCAGCCUUCACUUGCCUCAGUAUGCCACCAGCUUUACUCAGGCAGGCUACCACACCCUGGCAGACUGCAGGGGGCUUACUGAGGAGAAGCUCCUGCAAGUGGCUCACUUCCCCACUGGCCAUCGGCGGAGAAUCCUGCACAACCUUGAGGUCCUCAUGGCAGGAGAUCGUGACAAGGAAGGUUCUGAGAUGGCAGGAAGGAAGAAGGAAGGUUCUGAGAUGGCAGGAAGGAAGAAAACGCCUGUUCCCUUUCCUAGAACUGUCUUUCUUAAGGAAGGGAAGAGAGUAACCUCCUCUCAAAAUACAGAGACAAACAGCACUGGAGAAAAUAACAGAUUGUCUGAAACCCAGACUCUUCCUGCAAGGACUUGUAAAGAGAAAGCACUUAAACGUGAACCUGAUUUUAUCUCCACUGUCUCCCACACACUCCCACGUAGCAAAUGCAAAGCGUCUUCUUCAGGUUCUAGAUCCGCCUCUUUGGCCAGCAGCAGUGAAUCGCUGUCACCUUCCUCACAGUCUCUGCCCUCGGAUUGGGAGAACUUCUUAAAGGAGGCUGCUACUUCCAUUGCACAGCCAGUCCUGGGUGUAAAAGAUGAUGUCUACUCAGAAGGUUGCUCAGUAGGAUUCCAGGGAGUGAUGGUGGAUAAUGAGAUAUAUGAGAGUAGCCCAAUCACAGCUUCUGGUCCAUGGCCCACACGCUCCUACAAGCUACGACACAGGCCUGUCCCGGAGAUCCCAGAACGCACCGUCAUACCACCACAUGACUGGAACGUGUCUGUGAAAUCCGGCAUGGAGCAGCCCAGCGGCACAGAGGAUCCCAGCGGCAGCAGACAGAGAGCCCCUCUUCACGGGACACUGACAUCUGAGGACAUCAGUCCGUAUGGUGAAGUUUACCUCUACAACACCAUUGCAGAAAACAAACUAGUUGUGGAUACAAAGGAAAUGUUAAACCAAGAAACAAAGGAAAAACUGGAACAGAAAAUACCGAGGAAGCAGCAGGCCAAGCAACAAGAAAAGGUGUCAGAAAGCACAGGCAGGCGCUUCAGUGAUGAUUAUGCUUUGCUUCAGCAAUGCGUUCCCAGUCAGGAGCCAGCCAAUGAGUGUUCUUUAAGCACACCAAAGUCCCUCCCACAGCCUGGACCCAAGUCACAGGUGGAUUCUCGUGGUGUUUGUAGUGAGCCAUUGGAUGCUCUCUCUCGACUGGUGCAACACACUCUUCCUCUCCACAGCGAAUCAUCUAUAUCACCCUAUGCCUGCUUCUACGGACGCCCUAAACAAUCUAUAAAAAUGGGCUGGCUGGACAAGCUCUCUCCUCAAGGAAAUCGUGUCUUUCAGAAAAGAUGGGUCAAGUUUGAUGGAGAGAAUCUUACUUACUAUAACAAUGACAAGGAGAUGUACUCUAAAGGACUGGUUUCUCUCCUAGCUGUUAAGCAGGUGCGCUCUGUGGGAGACAAUAAGUUUGAGGUGGUCACCUCAAUGAGAACCUUUGUUUUUCGAGUUGAAAAAGAAGGAGAGCGUCAGGAAUGGCUGGCGGUGCUGCAGGCUGCUCUGAAGUCUCGCUCAUCCGUUUCCCACACGCCUUGUAAGCUCAGCUCCAGCAAGAGCGGCUACGUGGAGCUGCGCGGCCACAAAGGCAAAGUCUACCUCAGCCUCAUGGGAACCAAAAUCCGACUCUGCAAAACAGACCAGGACUUCAACACUGGAUUGGCUAUCACCAUGGUGGACCUGAUGAGUGCCUGUGUCAAACAUGUAGACCGCAGAGGCUUCGAGAUCAACACCCCUUUCAAAUCCUUCUAUUUCACAGCUGAGUCCGAGCGGGAGAGAGAAGAGUGGAUCGAGGCUGUGCAGGAAUCAAUUGUUGAAACUCUGUCCAAUUAUGAAGUGGCCGAGAAGAUUUGGUUCAACCAGUCGAACAGGAGCUGUGCCGACUGUCGAGCUUCCCAUCCUGAGUGGGCCUCCAUUAACCUCGGAGUGGUCAUCUGUAGAAUAUGUGCAGGUCAACAUCGGUUUCUUGGCUCCGGUAUCUCACAAGUGAGGAGUCUGAAGUUGGACAGCAGCAUUUGGACCAAUGAACUGGUGGAGCUCUUUUUGGAAGUUGGAAAUGAGAACGCCAACAAAUUCUGGGCUGCCAAUCUUCCACCGGAGGAGGAGCUUCACGAGGGGGCGUCGCCAGAACAGCGUGCAAUCUUUCACCGCAGGAAGUACAGAGAGAGGAAGUACAGGAAAGUUCUGGAAGGACUGAACAGCCAGGAGGAGCUCAACCAGGCUUUGUGUUCUGCAGUCCUCCAGCCUGAUGUAUUGUUGACCAUGGUGUUGGUGUUCAGUGGGGCAGAUGUGAUGUGUGCUACAGGAGAUCCUGUCUACUCCACUCCUUACCUACUGGCUCAGAAAGCAGGCCAGAGGCUGCAGAUGGAGUUUCUCUAUCACAACCAACUCUCAGAAUUCGCAAAGCUGGAGAUGGUAGGUGACAGCAGAUCUUCAGUAGACAUUUCCUCUUUCAUGGAUGGGAUUCUUUACUGUUCGGUCAACAUGCUGAAGGGCACACUGGAAAAAAAAGGGAGAGACGACCUGGCUCAACGCUGGUGCACGCUAGAAGGUGGCUACCUGAGUUACUACGAUGGUGAAAAGAGCGCCACGCCGAUAGGAAGAGUGGGUAUCAGUGAGAUGGUGAGCCUGGCCAUCAACAACACGGAGACCAUGACGGGAGCAGGGGCAGUGUUCACCUUUGAGAUCUACCUGGAGUCUGAGAAAAUGCUCUUGUUUGGCGCACAGACAUCUGACGCACAAAGAGCCUGGGUCCAUGCCAUCACCAAGUGUUUGGACCCUGAGAGGGCGCACUCUUUGCUGAAGAAGGACUGUGAGCUGAUUGGUCGUUUGUACUAUAAGGAGGGUCAUGACUUUUAUCAUUGGAGACAAGGAUGGUUCUCUUUAGUCGGCUCUGAACUGUUCCUUCAUCCUGAAGACGAGCACACAAACGAGGUGGUUCUACAACUCAAACGCCUGCAGGAACUUACUGUCUCCACUCAUUCGGAAGGAGAUGAGAGGAUUCAGGUUCUGCUCAUGGUUGAGAGUGGCAGGACAAUCUACAUUCAUGGCUUCACUAAACAGGACUUCACGUUAUGGCACUCUGCCAUCCAAUUAGCUGCUGGCAGAGACGGCAGAGCACUAAGCAAUCAACAGCUGACCAAAAAUGACAUCCCUAUUAUCAUUGACAGCUGUAUUGCCUUCGUCACGCAAUACGGUUUGUGUCAUCAGGGCAUCUAUCAGAAGAACGGUGACCCAAAGCGUGUGGCCCAGCUGCUGGAGGAGUUCACCAGAGACGCACGAAAUGUUAAGCUUCGAGUUCAGGAACAUCAAUUAGAAGAUGUAACAGAUGUACUCAAAGGUUUCCUGUCCAAUUGUGAGGAUGCCUUAUUAGCCAAAGAGCUCUACCCUUACUGGAUUUCUGCCCUCGAUGAAGUGAGUGAGAAGGACAGGGUUGAGAAGUACUCCACCUAUAUUCAGAAUUUACCCAAGAUCAACAGAUCAACUCUGGCGGCACUACUGCAGCAUCUGUACAGGAUUCAGAGCUGCUCUCACAUAAACCAGAUGAAAACUCAGAGUCUGGCAUGUGUUUUCUCAUCCUGCCUUUUCCAGACGGGAGGACAUGCACCUCAAGAGACGUGUGUUGUGGAAGAUCUCAUCAACAACUACAUUCAGCUCUUCUCUGUCAGUGAGGAGCAAGUCAGACAAAUGGAGAAGGAGAACCGCUGUAUCACAAGGUGGAAGGACACUACAUUCUCUCCAGCAGGUGACCUGAUCUUUGAGGUUUACUUGGAAAAGAAAGAGCCAGAAAACUGCUGUUUAAUCAAGGUCUCUCCCUCCAUGUGCGCUGAUGAACUGACUGACACCACUCUGGAGAUGAAGGGCAUACAGACAGGCCAGCAUGACCUCUGGACCACAUUUGAGGUCAUUGAUACUGGAGAACUUGAACGCCCAUUACACUACAGAGAGAAGAUUCUGGAGCAGGUUUUAGAGUGGAGCACGCUGGAGGAUCCCGGGUCAGCUUUCCUGCUCAUUAAAAAAUUUCAUGGAUCUAAGAUGUCCCGUUCCAACUCAGAAGGGCAGAAGGACUUCACUAAAGGAGAGCAGCUCAAGUUUAAAGAUGGCUCCUGCAAACUGCUUUCUGGGAACAAGUUUCAGGACAAAUACCUUGUACUGCGGGAAAAGAAGCUACUGCUGUAUAAAGACGCAAAAAGUGCUAAACCAGAGAGAGAGGUUCCAGUGGAGUCGGUGAAAUGCUACAUAGGGAUAAGAAAAAAGCUGAAACCAACAAGCAAUUGGGGUUUCACAGUUUACACGCAGAAACAGCAAUGGUAUUUCUGCUGUGAGGGAAAAGAUUCACAGCUGGCCUGGGUUACAGCCAUUAUCAGAAGUAAGAAUCAAGGAGACUUAUGGCCUACAUGCAAAGACAAGAGCAAAGCCUCAGAUCAACCGAGCAGCAGAGAGCAUGCUUCUGCUUGCCUGGGUUCAGAGAUUGAAGCAGCCAAACACAGCAAGGAGGACAAGACGAUGGUGCCCCUGAAUGUCACUUCUGACAAGGUGAAGUCGAAGAACAUAAAUGAGGCUGAUAAUUUGCAUAGAAUGGCAAUGCUGGAGGGCUGUGUAAAGCAUAAAAAUCAAAAAGGGGAUUCAAUACUAGGACCAAAUUUGGCCUCCAGUGGAGGAAAUAAUCCACUGUCAAGAAACAAAAUGGCUGUCGAAGAACCCCUACAGACUCGGUUUAGACCUGUACCUCAUCCUGAUUCUGGUAACCACACCAAACCUCAGCAGAAAAAAACAAUGAUUGGAUGCAGCACAGGACACUUGCCUCAGAGUCUUCUCAAUGAACUGAGCACCGUUCUCAGCCAAACAGGACGAACACCCAGAAAAGAAAGCUGAAAGCUUACAAACAAAAAACAAGGCAAGAGUGAAGAGGCGGAAAGUCUUGCAAGUGGUACUUCGGAGGUUGAGAGAGCAUAUGACUCUCAGCUCUCAAGAAGACCUCAAAAAAUCAAAACAAAGCUAAAUAAUGUCAAAUGUAUAUAUUGUGCAGUCUAAGUGGACUAAGUCUAAGUGGAUCUAACUGCAACCAUCCAACCAAUACUGCUGUACAGUGGUGUCUUGAUGGCAAGACAAGGAAGUGUAUGUAAUGUAAAGGGCUCUAGUAUAGAUUUAUAGGUCAAACAUCAGUAGGAGUGUGUGGAUGUAUAUGCCUCAGAGUGUACAGACUUCUUGUUCAACUUUGACCACGGUCAAACCAGGCUUCUGUCCACGGAUCUCACUGCAACAUACCAGAUAAUGGAUGAUAUUUAGCAAAGCACAGAGUCCAUUACACAAAUGAAAAAAAAAUUAACAUCACCCACAUACAUAAGUAAUUUUAGGCUACUUUUAGACAAACUCUAUAAAAAUGCGAGGCAAUUAUUUAAAUUCUGCUUGAUUUUCUGUAUUUAAUUUCGAUGCUUAAAUUGAGGUCUAGUGGAGGUCAGUCCACACAAUCUUUUGACGUAAAAACAAUGACCAAUUUAAAGUUUGUUUUAUAUAUAGAAAGUAUUUAGAAUGAAUGUGGCCUUUUAAGGAAAAAAAAAGUCCUUUCCAUUUCCUCCAGUGUUAAAGUUUCCUAAACCGUCAACAGAAGCCCUUUUCUGCCGUGUUGCUGUAAUAUCCCAGGAGUCCAAGUCACCCAAAGCCAUUAAAUAAUGAAUCUUUUUCUGAGAGGGUCCACAUGGGCUUUUGUUGUCCAGUUUGCUUUAAAUAUUUAGCAACAUUUUAUUAUGCGCCAUGUAGCUGCUGCCUUUAUUUGAUGUCCUUUAAAAUAUUCUCAGCGCGCACUUGUGCCUUUUUUCAAAACACGUAAUGUAAUAAUGUAAAACAAUUUGUGACAUUGUAUAAAUAAAUGAUGCUAAAUGUUA